CUCAUCCAGAUCGAGGUGGUGAUCUCUGGCCUGAGCAACAUCUACACACACUACAUCACUACGUAUGAGGAGUACCAGAGAGACAAAACCUUCGUUACCGUGGAGAUUUACCACAACAGAACAUCAACCUGGGAGGUCGUCUGCACUGAUGCAUCAUGGGAGACCAGGUUCCGCUGGCUGAAGGGCUCCGGCCGGCAGAGCAACGUGACGGUGGAGUGGCACAUCCCCCUGCAGGCGGCCGCCGGCUCCUACAGGAUCCGACACCUGGGCCACGCCAAGCAGCUGCAGGGGUCGCGACCCGUCGUCACGCCGUACGAGGGCGUGUCCGCCGUGUUCGCCGUCACGCCCAGCUACUACCACCAGUGA